GUCCCUGCCUCUAAAAUGAGUCUCUCUGGGGAGAGAAAGGAGGGGGGCCCUGCCUCUAAAAUGAGUCUCUCUGGGGAGAGAAAGGAGGGGGGCCCUGCCUCUAAAAUGAGUCUCUCUGGGGAACAUGACACCAAAUCUAAGAGCCCAAUCAAGCAGGAGAGACCAGCCUCCCCUGUUCCCAGCUGUGUGUCCAUGAAGAGUGACCUGUCUAUGUAUCUACCUAUAAACUUUAGAGAGGGAGACUUUUCUACUGAACAAAGAAACCAACAGGAGAGAUCAGAGUCAGAGAUUCUCAGUGGUCAGUCUUCCCAGAGUCAUCAAACAGACCUGGCCUCCAUAUUCAGUAUGCUUGAAGAUAAAAUUAUGACAUUUGUGAAGAACGAGCUGAAGAUGUUCAAGAGGAUUCUUAGUCCAGAAUUCCCAGAAGGCUUUGAGAGUCAGAAGCAGGAUAAGGAAGUGGUGGACGCUGAAGAUGAGAAGCAGGAGAGCAGUGCCAGAGAGGGGGCUCUGAAGAUCACACUGCACAUCCUGAGGAAAAUGAACCAGAAGGAGCUUGCUGACACACUGGAGAAAUAUUCAGAUGAGCUUGCUGUGAUUUGCCAACGUGAACUCAAAUCUAAUCUAAAGAAGAAGUUUCAAUGUGUAUUUGAGGGGAUCGCUAAACAAGGAAACCCAACACUUCUCAAUAAGAUCUACACAGAGCUCUACAUCACAGAGGGUGGAACAGGAGAGGUCAAUAAUGAACAUGAGCUGAGACAGAUUGAAACAACAACCAGGAAACAAGCAAGACCAGAGACUGCAAUCAAAUGUAAUGACAUCUUCAAACCCUUAACUGGACAAGACAAACCUAUCAGAACUGUGCUGACAAAGGGAGUUGCUGGCAUUGGAAAAACAGUCUCUGUGCAGAAGUUCAUUCUGGAUUGGGCUGAAGGAAAAGCUAAUCAGGAUGUCCAAUUUGUAUUUUCAUUCCCUUUUCGGGAGCUGAAUUUGAUGAAAGGGGACAAACACACUUUCAUUGAACUUCUUAAUCACUUCUCAAUGGAAACCAAACAAUCAAGAAUCUCAAACUACGACAAGUACAAAGUUCUGUUCAUCUUUGAUGGUCUGGAUGAGUGCCGACUGCCCCUAGACUUCCAGAAGAACAAGAUCUGUUGUGACGUCACAGAGUCAACCUCAGUGGAUGUUCUGCUGACAAAUCUCAUCAGGGGAAAUCUGCUUCCCUCUGCUCUCCUCUGGAUAACUACCCGACCUGCAGCAGCCAAUAAGAUCCCUUCAUGGUGUGUUGACCAGGUAACAGAAAUACGAGGGUUCAAUGACCCACAGAAGGAGGAGUACUUCAGGAAGAGAUUCAGUGAUGAGGACCUGGCCAGCAGAAUCAUCUCACACAUAAAGACAUCAAGGAGCCUCCACAUCAUGUGCCACAUUCCAGUCUUCUGUUGGAUUUCUGCAACAGUCCUUGAACACAUGCUGGAAAAUAAGAGAGAAGAGAUGCCCAAGACUCUGACUGAGAUGUACACACACCUUGUGGUGUUUCAUACCAAACAGAAGAAUGAAAAGUAUCUUGGGAAAGAAGAGACAGAUCCACACUGGAAUAAAGAGAGCAUUCUGUCACUGGGAAAACUGGCUUUUCAACAGCUUGUGAAGGGCAAUCUGAUUUUCUAUGAAGAAGACCUGAAAGAGGCUGGCAUUAAUGUCAAUGAAGCCUCAGUGUACUCAGGAUUGUGCACACAGCUCUUUAAAGAGGAAUGUGUGCUGUACCAGGACAAGGUGUACUGCUUUGUUCAUCUGAGCAUUCAGGAGUUUCUGGCUGCUGUAUAUGUGUUCCUCUCAUUCAUCAACAACAAUGAGAAUCUCAUGGACAAACUGCAAACAAAAGACGAGUCUGCAGUUACUUUCUACAAGAGUGCUGUGGAUAAAGCCUUACAAAGUGAGACAGGAAACCUGGACCUUUUCCUCCGCUUCCUUCUGGGCCUCUCACUGGAGUCCAAUCAGAAGCACUUACGAGGUCUACUGACAAAGACAAGAAGCAGCUCACAGAGCCAUGAAGAAACAGUCAAGUACAUCAAGGAGAAGAUCAGGGAGAAUCCCUCUCCAGAGAGGAGCAUCAAUCUGUUCCACUGUCUGAAUGAACUGAAUGACCAUUCUCUAGUGGAGGAGAUCCAAAGCUACCUGAGUUCAGGAAGUCUCUCUGAAGCCAAACUGUCACCUGCACAGUGGUCAGCUCUGGUCUUUGUGUUGCUGACUUCAGAAAAGGAGCUGGAUGUGUUUGACCUGAAGAAAUACUCCAGAUCAGAGGAAGGUCUUCUGAGGCUGCUGCCAGUGGUCAAAGCCUCCAGAGCUGCUCUGCUGUCAGACUGUGGAGUCACAGAGGAAGGCUGUGCUUCUCUGGUCUCAGCUCUGGAGUCAAACCCCUCACACCUGAGAGAGCUGGACCUGAGUAACAAUGACCUGAAGGAUUCAGGAGUGAAGCUGCUCUCUGCUGGACUGGGGAAUCCCCACUGUAAACUGGAGAUUCUGAGGCUGUCACGCUGUCUAGUCACAGAGGAAGGCUGUGCUUCUCUGGUCUCAGCUCUGAGGUCAAACCCCUCACACCUGAGAGAGCUGGAUCUGAGCUACAAUCACCCAGGAGACUCAGGAGUCAGACUGCUCUCUGCUGGACUGGAGGAUCCACACUGCAGACUGGAGAAACUCAAUGUGGAACAUGGUGGAGAGUACACAUUGAAACCUGGGCUUAGAAAAUAUGUCUGUGAUCUCACACUGGACCUAAACACAGUAAACAGACUCCUCUCUCUGUCUGAGGACAACAGAAAGGUGACAUGUAGGAGAGAGAAGCAGCCGUAUCCUGAUCACCCAGAGAGAUUUGAGGACUGUGGACAGGUGCUGUGUAGAGAGGGUCUGACUGGGCGCUGUUACUGGGAGGUAGAGUGGAGUGGGAGAAGGGCUGAUAUAGGAGUGACAUAUAAAGGAAUCAGCAGGAGAGGAGGGGUUCAGGACUGUUGUCUUGGAUUUAAUGACAAGUCCUGGAUUCUGAACUGCUCUGACAACAAUUACAUUGCCUGGCACAAUAAUAAUCCCACUACCAUAGACGUCCCCUCCUCCAGCUCCCACAGAGUAGGAGUGUAUCUGGACUGGCCAGCCGGCACUCUGUCCUUCUAUAGAGCCUCCUCUGACACACUGACCCACCUGAACACAUUCACCUCCACAUUCACUGAGCCCAUCUAUCCAGGGAUUCAUAUUUGGUAUGAUGGUGACUCAGUGUCUCUGUGUCAAACACAACAUGACAUUUCACUCUAAUAGUUCAGUAAGACACACUGGAGCAACAAUGUAGAAUAUCUCUCUAGUGUGUUAACCUCUCUAUCCAGGGUGUUUGGUAUGAAUAUCUCUCUAGUGUGUAAACCUCUCUAUCCAGGGUGUUUGGUAUGAAUAUCUCUCUAGUGUGUUAACCUCUCUAUCCAGGGUGUUUGGUAUGAAUAUCUCUCUAGUGUGUUAACCUCUCUAUCCAGGGUGUUUGGUAUGAAUAUCUCUCUAGUGUGUUAACCUCUCUAUCCAGGGUGUUUGGUAUGAAUAUCUCUCUAGUGUGUAAACCUCUCUAUCCAGGGUGUUUGGUAUGAAUAUCUCUCUAGUGUGUUAACCUCUCUAUCCAGGGUGUUUGGUAUGAAUAUCUCUCUAGUGUGUUAACCUCUCUAUUCAGGGUGUUUGGUAUGAAUAUCUCUCUAGUGUGUUAACCUCUCUAUCCAGGGUGUUUGGUAUGAAUAUCUCUCUAGUGUGUUAACCUCUCUAUCCAGGGUGUUUGGUAUGAAUAUCUCUCUAGUGUGUAAACCUCUCUAUCCAGGGUGUUUGGUAUGAAUAUCUCUCUAGUGUGUUAACCUCUCUAUCCAGGGUGUUUGGUAUGAAUAUCUCUCUAGUGUGUAAACCUCUCUAUCCAGGGUGUUUGGUAUGGAAAAUAUGUAGUAGCAUUACUUUAAGGUUAAUAUAAAUGAUAGGUGUGUACAAUCGUGUUACUCUGGUUGUGUAAAUUGCUGUUUUAACAUAACUCUGUACCUAAUUCACAUCUUGUCUGUUCCGAACAAAGUCUCUCCUCAUCCUCUAUUCUAAGAACCGACUGUUCUUGGUUCUCGUAGGAGAACACAGAGGAUUCUGACUAGUUGGCCACCUCAUCCACUAGAUAUGUGUUGGUUCGACACAUUGAGUCAGUUGUGGUGGAACCAGACAUGACUAAGCAUUUAUAGGUUUACUAUAUGAGACCUCUGUUGGUUUCUGUAUGUCAGAGCUCUUGGCCCAACACUCAAGAGUGUGGGGUCGACCAGCCUCAUUAUUGCAGGGCUCUCAACGAAUCACUUAUGGGUGCAGUGGCGACCCAUCAUCCAGGGCAGGUGGAGCUGUUAUGAGCCCCAAAUCUUUACCAACAUAAAUCAAAUUCCACCCAAAAAUGGUGGCUUGCUUGUUUUGCAUGUUAUUUUGGCAUUAAUACGUGACACAUAUCAGUUUGCAAACAAUGUAAUUUUUUUAAUAUAUAUUAUUGAAUUAAUAAAGCGGCAUACAAACAUG